GCUCGAGAUGCCGCGAACGACCCUCGUUCUCGAUGGCCUAUGGUACUGUCUUUGUCCAUCGCUUAGCUCCGCGACUCUCACUCCGGCCACAUCCUCCUUAAAAUCAGGGAGGCGCAUCCCUAAAUAUGAUCGCUUAUCUGUUCUACGAAGCUCGCCGAGUUCUCCGCGAAGAUGUCUCAGCAACCUCUCCCCAAAACCAACCGACACGACUAUUAUAAUUGCUCAAGAUGACGCCCACCAAAAUCCAGUUUCCGACUCGAUACCCGACCAGCAAUCUCUCCGUUCUCGUGAUGCAGAAGCACAAAAUACUGACGUACGGCCGGGUGCUCUUUUGACCCCGAUGGAACGAUUGACCAAACCACCGCCCGGUGUACCCAAAUAUUUCAAACACCUGUCUUCGCAACGCCUAGAAUCCAGACUCCAAGAAAGAGUGACUCGGCAUCCGAGGGUUUUGAGCGCAACACAAAUACUGCGUGUCCUGAUCCUAGACCGUCAUAUACGCCCUGAGAUGCGACACUACCGGGGGUUGAUUUUCGCCAACUCGGACCCCGAACGUGGGUCGCCACAUGCUGUUCGCGAGUUACUCAAGGAGAUGGAAGAAAAUGGGAUACCAGCUGAUUCAGGCACACUUCAUGCGGCUCUACAGGUACUUGCGGUUCAUCCGGAUUACAUGCUACGUCAAGAGAUUGUGCGCACGCUUCGGGACCGAUGGCUGCCGUUAAGCCCGGCUGGGUGGCAUUAUUUGGUUGCUGGCCUGAUAAGGGAAAACCAGUUUGAGCUGGCUUUGGAUCAUAUUGAACAGAUGGAGAGGAAGGGCAUUUUGGUCGAAAGCUGGUUACACAGCCUGCUCAUCUAUUAUCUCUGCGAUUUCAGAGAGUUCGACGAGGUAGUCCGGCUGAUGCGCUCACGGACAAGACAAGCCCUGGACAUGAGCCCGAAGCUGUGGUUGUAUGUGCUGGACGUGGCAAGCGCUGCUUUCCACCACGAGGCUACCCGGUACAUCUGGAGACAGAGGGUGGAAUUGAGAUACCUUAGCCCCGAUUAUCCGCUGUGCAGCAAAGUCCUGACCGUGGCGGCCCGCACUGGAGACCCCGAACUCGCUGCAUCAGUGAUACACUUCCUCGUCGAGGUCAAGGUAUCGCUGCAGAUAAAGGACUACGAAAAGUUGGUGGAAGCCCAUGCGGUGGCCGGGUCUUUUUUUUCUGGAUUCGAAGUGCUCUGUAAGAUGCACAUGGCGGGAAUUGCGCUGGGACCUCGCUCCACGCGUGUCAUCCUUACUCACAUGAUCCAGUAUAAGAUGUCCCCCCGGGAGGCAUGGACCAUGCUUAAACAGUUGAAGGCUUUGAAACUCCAAAUACCGCUUGGAUGCGCCAAGGUGGUGUUGGAGAUGUGCGAGUAUGAAGCCCUCGAUAACCCUUCUGUAGUAGACGAUGGGAUUGCGUUCUACAAGGAACUAUAUGCACUAUGUCCGGACAAGGCGGAUGUUUCUGUCUACAAUGUGCUCAUUGGCAUGUGUCGACUAGCUCGCAACACUGAGGCGGGCAUGUUUCUGGUGAAGGAGAUGGCCGCCCUGGGCGUGAUCCCGGAUCAGGGGACCUUUGAGCAUCUCAUCAUAAUGUGCCUGGAAGCAGGCAACUUCGAGUCUGGGUACAUGUACUUCCAAGAUCUGCUGGGACAAGCCAUCAUCCCCAGCGAUGAGGCACGCGCCGAAAUCCGAGAGAUUUGUUCCCAAUCGACGGACCCAUUUGCAUCACGCCUGAAGCAGCACCCGCAGAUCCAAGAUGGGUCGGUCGGCUGUCUAGUUGACGAGAUCAGUAAUACUCACGAGCCGCUCGAUUUGCCCAAGCCGGACGGGGACUCGUUUCAUGGCUCGGGCCAGUCCCGUGCAAAGGUGCAACAGCCCGUGUCGCACAAACGGGCCGCAGCCAAAGAGAGACGCAAGAGGAGAAGAAGAAGGCUUGCCAUUGUGCAGGGGCAGGAGGAGGAAGGAUGGCUGGACUACGAGCCGGGGGGUCUUAUCCCCGAGGACCAGCUUGUUGCCGAGGAUCAGAGCCACCCGAAGAGCGAUUGAGUCGGGGGAUCGGAAUGGAAAAGGAAAGGAGAAGCGUGCCCUCGCUUGGUGUAUACUAUAGUUGUCCUUCGUGUGUAUAGUGGACAUUAUUGGCCCCAGGGCCAACAAGCGAUUUAAUUGCGCCAGCUGACAGGCGCCAAUGGAGCUGU